CUCUCCCUCCCUCCCAUUACCAUAUAAUAGUCCACAGUGGUUGUGCUACGUAAUAUGGUAACACUUGAUGACAUUGAUGAUGACCUUGAGGAAGAGGUCACCUCAGAGUGCUCCAGGUAUGGUACUGUUAAUAAAGUACUGAUUUACCAGGAGAAGCAAGGGCUGGAGACUGAUGCUGAUAUUAUUGUCAAGAUAUUUGUUGUGUUUGCUAAACCAACAGAAGCUGAGAGUACUGUCAAGUCGCUAAAUGGGAGGUGGUUCGGUGGUCGUGUUAUAACGGCAGAGCUCUACGAUCAAGCAAAAUUUGAUGCUAACGACCUUUCACACUGAAAGACUGUCGAAAUCAAGAAAGAAGAGAAUUAAGAUAUCUCUUCUUCUCAUCAAAUUGUCUCCUUGACAUUUUACAAAUGAAUUGAUACACACACAUGUACAAAACAGACUUGUGAAAUACCUCUCUCUCUAUCUUUUUUU